GCGACUAUGUGUGCGACCAUUGUGCGACAGUGUUAGGAAAAAUAUUCAGCACUAAUUUCAUAAAGGUGCCUUUUUGUGAAAAUAUCAGCUAAUCUUUAAUAAAAACAAUUUUUAAAGAUUUCUUUACCAACAUGACUGUCGACGAAGGAAUUGAUAUUUCGCCGACCGGUGACCGUGGUGUACUCAAGCGAAUAAUCAAGGAAGGCGAAGGGACAGCAACUCCUGGGAUCGGGUGUUCAGUUACCGUACAUUAUACAGGAACUCUAUUGGAUGGUACAAAAUUCGAUUCAAGCAAAGAUAGAAAUGAACCCUUUGAAUUUCCACUUGGAAAAAAACAAGUUAUAAGAGCGUGGGACAUUGGUGUAGCUACAAUGAAGAAGGGGGAGGUCUGUGUGCUGACUUGUGCACCGGAAUAUGCUUAUGGUGCUCGGGGUUCCCCACCUAAAAUACCCCCAAACUCUACAUUACAGUUUGAAGUUGAAAUGAUUGAUUGGGCUUUAGAAGACCUAAGUCCAAACAAAAUGAAAGGUAUACUCCGCAACAUUAUUGAAGAAGGCACAGGGGAUUCUAAACCAAAUGAUGGUUCUCAGGUCACAGUUGAGCUAGAGGGAAAACUAAAGGAUGGAAAGGUAUUCGACAACAGGACAGUCACUUUUACCCUGGGCGAUGGACACGAAAGCAACAUUUGUGAAGGAAUUGAAAGAGCUCUAGAAAAGUUUUUGCUGAACGAAAAAUCUACAUUGAUCUUGCAACCGAAAUAUGCUUUCAAAUCUAAAGGAAAUGCGGAAUUAGGAGUACCACCUAACUCAGUAGUUGAAUACACUGUUAAAUUGACAAGCUUCGAGAAAACAAAAGAACUGUGGGCGAUGGAGGAUGAGGAGAAGCUAGAGCAAGCGCAAAUAGUUAAGGAUAAAGGCACUGAGUACUUCAAAGCUAGUAAAUUUGAUCAAGCUAUCAAAAAGUACAUGAAAGUAUUGAAUUUCCUGGAUGGUUUACUUGAGGACGAAGCAUUUGGCAAGGAUGAAAAGAAGUUGUCAAAAGCAAAAGAGCUCACACUCUCAGCACACUUGAAUCUCUCUCUGGUGUACCUAAAAACAAAGCCAGAACAUUUCUUUGAAGCAAAAGAUCACGCGAAUAAGGCAUUGAAGGUUGACCCCAAUAAUGUCAAGGGCCUGUUUAGAAGAGGCCAGGCUUUAGUGGGACUGGGCGAGGCCGAUGAAGCUAAACUAGACUUCCAGAAGGUUCUUGACGCUGAGCCACAGAACAAAGCUGCAGCAAAUCAGAUAAUUAUCUGCCGCAACAUUAUACAAAAGCAAAAACAGAAAGAGAAGCAAUUGUUCGCCAACAUGUUUGACAAGUUCGCCAAGCACGACAACGAGGUGGAGAAAGCAAGAGCUAAAGAAUUAGACGUAAUCGGCGAGAAAGUAGGCGAAUGGGGCAAAGGGGAAGGAGAAUGGACAGACGAGCAGCGAACUAGGAAACCGACUGAAUUCGAGAAAGAAAAUCCUAACAUUCUCAUGUUAGACAAAGAUGGACAGUUUCAGAAUAUGUAAUCUCUGUAUGGUAUAACAGAACAAUACAUUCGAGCAAUAAUUACCAAAAACGUAGCUGUACCUAGGAAUUUACCUAAAGUGAUCCAAGCCGUCAUUGGUUUUAAACAUUUAAUGAAAUCUUCAUUUAUAAAUCAUUGGUUUUAUAUUAUUUACUUUUUGUUUACUUUCCCUUGUUUAACAGACUCAUCUGAAACUUUAUUUUUUAUAUUUACUUUUAGAACCAGAUAACUGAUUUUUUAAAAUGAUUUAGUCUCUCUAUUCACGUAGCUCAUAGCUUUUGGACAGAGACGAUCUGCGAAGCGAUUAUGCGGCGAUCAAAAAGUUAGCUACAAUUUGUAUGAUAUCGAAACAGGUCCACAAAACAAUGACAUCUUAUAAAACUUACAUUCAGCACUGAGGCUGCAUAUUGCAUAACAUAUACCUCGCCCCUAUCGUGGCGCUCAUUUUCUCAUGCCGCGCAUUGCCAGUGUGAUUUGGCUCUAAGAGGGUAAUUGUAAGGGUUAUGUAUCAGUAGUUAGGGACACACCUGUUUUUAGGGGUGAUGCAAUAAAGCCAAUCUAAUAAACAGAUUAUGAUGAUGUUCAAAAAGUUGCCUUCAAUAUUUUUUUGUAUUAUACUGUUAAGGUGUGCAGUUUAGUAACCGUAGAUAAAGCUAGUUGGAUGCUAUGUAUUGUGAGCGUCUUAUGAUUGGUUCGAAUGUAAUAAAUAUUGUGUUAUGGAAUUUGAUAAGCUGGUCUUCUCAAAACUAGAUAAAUGGUUAUUUUUUAAGCCGCCCAUUUCGCUAACUUUUAAAAAACUUUGAGCUUUGCACUCCUUUAUAUUUCCAUAUACCAUCUCAAUUUUUUAGCGUUUUAUGGUCACAGCACACAUAUUAAACUCGGAAAGGGAUCAUCACCGUAUCGCCAGGCGCCAAGCUAACGUAUGCACGUAACCAAAGCGUAUCAGUAGCGCCGCGCCUGUACGUCA